AAUCUAGCAAUUUCUAACUUAUCUGUCACAUGUUAUCUUGCAAAUAUUUACGUAAGUGCCAUCCGAUAAACAAGAUAUGUUUAUCGAGGAGAUAAAUGGGGGGCUCCUCGUUCUUUUAUACGAAGUAUAUUGGUUAGUAUUCUAGCUAGUACGUAGAUCGAAUUCAUUUGAACUAAUUAUUUUAUUUCUCCAAAUUCUUUCUAAUCCCUUUUUUUCAUUUCGUCGAUAAGUUUUGAAAAAGAUUUUAAUGAUUAAAUACGGUACAAAUUAAACACUAAAAUAAAACUAAGAAUGAAAAUUGAUCUACAAUCUAUAUGAACAAGUGUCCUAAUAUACUUGAUUGUAUUUCAAUGUUUUAGGUGUUGUUACUUAUUAUAUAUGCAAACUACUGAUCAUAGUUAUAGUCUUUGUUUAAAAUGUUAGUGUGAGUCUGAACUAUACUCCCUCCGUUUUAAAAUACUUUCUCCAUUUUUUCAUGCGUGGAAUAAUAAAAAAUUAUAAAAAAGUAAAAGUAGUGGAGAAGAUUGGAGGAGAGAAAAUAUAUGGUUGGUCCAUUAGGUGAGAGAAAUUAGUUAAAUAUUGUAAAAACUUUCCAAAUAAAGAAACGGAGCAAGUAUUUAAAAACAGACGAUAAAGGAAAGUGGAGCGAGUAUUUAAAAACGGAUGGAGUACAAGUUAUUUGACAUUAUAUAGAGUUAAGGUAAUAAUUGGGGAUUAAAGUUUUAUACUUUUCACCUUUUGGGACCCGAAGUUUUUUCUUUCACCGUUUGGGACCUAAGAAAGAAUUUUAAACAAAUAAAUUAACUAUGGUUAAGCAUUGGGACCCACUAAUUAUUUUAGGUUUAAUUUAUUUGUAAAGAGAAUUUUUAUUGGUUUCUGCAAAAAAAAAAAAAAAAAAAAAAAAAAAAAGAGUAACCGUGUUUACCCAAAAAAAAUUAAAAAAAGGUGUCUUUUUAACUCUCAUUGUUCAUCAGAGUACUCCUUCAUCAUCAACCUCCCUUUGAAAAAAAAAUUGAAGCUUUGAAGCUGAUUUUAGUGCAGAUAAUUAGCGGUAUAUUAAGCAUCUUAACACAAUUCUACCUCAAUCAAGUCAUGCAUUUGUACCAAGUCAGUCAAGUCAUGGAUCAAACACAAAUCAAUUAACACAACAAAGUUAAUUGUACAAUGGACCAACAAGGUUGUUCUAAUUUCAUUAAAAUGCAAGGCUGAAACAUUGGUUUUGGGAGAGCAAGAAAAGGGAAUUUGGGGAAGAAAAAAAAAAACCAAAGUAAAUAUGAUAUGAAGAAAGCUUGCUGCUAUUUUUGGAUGUUGGAAGCUGCAUGAUGUUGUGGAUGUUGGAUGCUGUUGUUUUUGUUUUGAAAUUUUGGAUUGUGGUUUGCUAUUUUAGUUUAAGGUACAUAAGAAAAAAUGGCAUCAAGCACCAAUAAUAUCGAGUUGAGCAGCCAACAGAAAGCGGAGUUGGAUGAGAUGAUCAAGGAAGCCGAAAACUCGUGUCUCUCGGACGAAAUAUUUACUCGUGUGAUCGUGUUAGAAGGCUACUUAUCAAAGAGUAUAUUAUUACUAAGACCAUUGAACCUUAUUGAUUCCAACCUAUGGGCUGGAAACACUGCCAAAGACUAUCCACAUACUCUUGAUGGUCCAAUUAGUAGUACCUUUACACAAGCUUCUGUAAAGGAUGAUGGCAUUAUGGCGGCGGUGGUGUAUGCCGGCAAGAACAUUGUUGGCGUUGAAUGUGGAUGGCUUCUUGCUUGGGCCGACUCUAAGGCUAAUGGAAAGAGGCUUUACGCAGAGUGUGGUGACAUAAGCAAAUACAAUUGCAUCGACUGGGGAUGUAUUGAAGAAAAACUGAAUAACUCAAAGAAAUUGGCAAUUAUUGUUAGUGACCACGAAACUGGAACUUCGGUGCAAGCUACGCUGUCUGGCGUGGACUUUCCGUUGCAGACUCAAGACAAGCUUGGUGCAAUCUUCUACGGCUAAACAAGCUCCCUACUAAGAUUAACAUAACAGUUUAUUUGGACUGUGGAUUACUCUGCUUGUUACUCUGUUACAGUACAUUCUAAUAUAUAUUCGUAUGAUUUUUAUUGAGGGGAAUUAUUUCUUAUUUUCUUCUUGUAAGAAAUGCAAGCGUCCAUUUACAUUGUAUCAUUCCUUGGUUUCUAUAUCCUUAGCUUGUUGCUAAAUAAAAAAGCCCCCUCUUUCUUUUUCGUAAA